AUGAUGUGGAAGAAAGCCUUCCUGGUUUGUGCCCUGCUGGCUUCCGUGCAGGCGGAUCCGCAACCCCAAAUUCUGAGUGGUCUCGUGAACCUCGUCGGAUCGGCCGUAUCUGGAGUCGGCACGUUGCUGAAUGGUCUCGCUUCAGGCUUGGCCGCUGGAACGACGGGAUCGCUUUCAGCCAGUGGUAGCCUCACCGGUGGACUGAACCUCGGCAGUAUUGGUGUCGGUGGUACGGCCACGUUCAACUCGAACCUGCCCAUCUUGAACCUGGUGAACAACGUGGUCGGCUCGACGCUGAACGCGCUUAACACGGCCCUCACGAAUGUUGGAACGGCCGCAGGAAGUCUAGUGACCAACACACUUGCCACCAUCACGAACACGCUGAAUUCAUUGCUGGGAGGUGUCGGUACCAACCUCGGUGCGAUCGGAACUGGCCUGACUGGGGCACCAACCGCUGCCAAUGGUCAAGCUGUCAUCAACGCACUGAACAACGUGGCUACGUCGGUUAAUUCGGCUGUCAACGCCGCAUCAACCGUGUUCGGUAGCGCCAAUGUGGCCACCGCUCUUGGCAAUUUACCCACCACGCUAAACACUGACCUGGCCACCGCUAUUCAGGCGAUCCAGACUGCCGUCGCAAACCCCGGCACGUCGACAACCCUACUUGGAGCGCUCGGCCCGAAUGGUGUAAACGCCAUCGCAACCUUCCUUGGAGAUGCUGCCAACACGCUCUACACGACCGCUAACAUCCCUCUGCAGUUGUCAGCCGCUGCCAGCGUCAACGCAACACUUGCCGCAAAUUCUGCCGUCCCGUACUCCGCGGCCGGUAUCGCAGCCGUAAAUGCCUCCGUUAACAACGCGAUCAACAACGCCAACAACGUGCUGCGUGCGACCGUCGGUUCCUUCAACAACGUGAUCGCGAACGUGCAACCAGCCACCAGUGCCGCGCUAACGCAAGCCGUUUCCGGAAUCAGCACGGCCGUAACCAACAUGAACAACGUGUUUAACCUGCUCGCAGGUAGCACGAAGACCAGCGUUACCGCAGCCGCUCAGUUGGCGGUGAACAAUCUCACCAGUCUGGUGACGUCUCUGCAGUCCAACCUGCAGGUCCUGAACACGAUCACGCUUAACGCGGUUGCCUCGGCUAACGCUUCCAUCGCAGGUAACGCUUCCGCCGUUAUUGGACCGAUCGUGGCCAACCUUGGCAGCACGAACGCAACCAUUGUCGCUUGUUCGCAAACCUAUCUGCCGUUGGCCGUGCGCACGGAUGUCUACUACACGACCGCCCUUGGAUCUUGUGUGGUGCAAGCGACCACCGUCGCUGAUAUUCUGCUCGGUAACACGAUCGCUGUGGUGAACUCUGCUGCAACUCGCAUCCGUACGUCAACCGCCGGUGUUACGCUGUGCAUUUCGGCUCUGUUCCCGUCCACGGUGUGCACCUCGGCUACGGUUCCUAAUGCGCCGGCUUACAUCACCAAUGUGGCGCUGGAUGUUGCCAGCAUUAAGGCUGGUGAGGUAGUGGAUGUUGCUAAUGCUGCUAACCAGGUGGCGACUUGUACGACCAGUACGGCUAAUGCUGCUGCGGCUGAUUUUGCUGCCAUUGCUGCAGCAUACAACCAGUGCAUUGCUUAA